UACAUAUCACAAUCAAAAAUAACACACCAUGGGAACCAUAUACCAAGGACCCCCGUCUCUCCUCCAAGAUCUCAAGGUCACUGUUCACAAAUCGUCUCUAGUUUUUCCGUCCCAAGAAACUGAGAAAAGAACCUUAUUCUUAUCCAACAUAGAUCAAGUUCUCAAUUUUGACGUUGAAACUGUUCAUUUCUUUCCAUCCCACAAAGAUUUCUCCCCUAAAAUUGUAGCUGACAAGCUCAAGAACACACUAGCAAAAAUACUAGUCCCCUAUGAUUUCUUUGCUGGAAGAUUGAAGCUAAAUUCUGAAACAUCUCGUCUUGAGAUUGACUGCAAUGCUUCUGGAGCUGGCUUUGUGGUAGCUUCUAGUGAGUAUACAUUGGAUGAGAUUGGAGAUUUGGUUUAUCCCAAUCCGGCUUUUGCUCAACUGGUUUGUAAGACUUCCAAUUUCUUGAAACCAGAUGAUCAGCCACUAUGCAUUUUUCAGUUGACAUCAUUUAAGUGUGGUGGCUUUGCAAUGGGUCUCUCUAUAAACCAUACAACAUUGGAUGGCCUAAGCUUCAAACACUUUUUGGACAAUCUGGCUGCCCUAGGUCAUAACAAACCCCUGGCUGUCACUCUCAGCCAUGACCGUCACCUCCUGGCCUCACGAUCACCGCCACAUGUGACAUUCCCACACCCUGAGCUGGUCCAGCUAAAGAUCCCCAUAGGCCAAGACUCAAACCCUCCUGUCUUUGUAGCCACCCAAGAAGACCUUGCCUUCAAUAUUUUCCGGCUGACCUCGGACAACAUCAACAGCCUUAAAGAAAAGGCCAAAGCUGCCAGUGGCGUCCACCCGAAUGCGCGUAUCACGGGCUUUAACGUUGUGACGGCUCAUAUAUGGCAGUGCAAGGCAUUAUCAUGUGAUACAGGGAUCAACAUGGAUAGAAUGUCCACCAUCCUUUACGCUGUUGACAUAAGGCCAAGAUUGAACCCCCCAUUGCCACCAUCUUAUGCCGGAAACGCGGUCCUCACUGCGUAUGCAACAGCCACAUGCAAGGAAUUGAAUGAAGGGCCAUUUGCAAGGCUGGUGGAGAUGGUUUCUGAAGGUGCAAGGAGAAUGACAGAUGAGUAUGCAAGGUCUGUGAUAGACUGGGGUGAGUUGUACAAAGGAUUUCCACAUGGGGAGUUCUUGGUUUCUUCUUGGUGGAGAUUAGGAUUUGAUGAAGUAGAAUAUCCAUGGGGGAGGCCAAGGUAUAGUUGUCCAGUGGUGUAUCAUAGGAAGGACAUCAUUUUGUUGUUCCCAGAUCUCAAAGAAGGUGGUGGAAGCAAUAGUGGGGUUAAUGUUUUGGUAGCUCUCCCUGGCAAUGAAAUGGAAAAAUUUCAAAGCCUCUUUCAGAAGUUCUUGGCUUGAAAAAACUCUGUCACUUGGUCUCUUUGAUAUGUAUAAUGCAUAAGUGUGUUUGGUACUCUAAUAUGUACCUGGUCUGUAAAAUUGAAAGUGGUUGAAGAGGACUACGUUGUCGUGUGGAUGAAAGCACUAGGAAUGACUACAUAUGGUGUAUUAUAUAUAUAUAUAUAUAUAUGCACACUUGACUUUUUAUGUCAAAUAAAAAAAAAUAAAAAAAGAAUAAUAAGCUUAAUUUUU